AUGCCGCCGAAAAAUAGAGAAACAAAGAAAGCCCCAGUGAAGAGUAAAAAUGCUGGAACUACUCAAAGCGAUGAAACGAGGAGUACGAUUAGACAUGGACGCGACAACCAGUCCACAAUGGGAUUCCAAUCCACGUAUGGCGACGAUCUAAUGAAGGGAAAUGUCGUAAUGAAACCCCCAGACCAACUCGAGCUUUCUGAAAAGGAACUGAAAGAAGAACACACCCGAAUUCUGACCGCGAACAACCCACAAGCACCCGACAACAUCAUCCGGUUCGAUUUCGCUGCAAAUGAAUUCAAAAAGGAAUCUCAUGUCGAUCAACUCGCAGUGCACUUCAAUCUGAAAGGAAACCUCAUUCAUGUCGACUCUGAUGAAGCUAAAUACGGACCAACGAAGGCCAUCGAACCAGUCGAAGAUCAUUCGAGUGAAGCAGAAUCAAGGGCAUCUCAUCAUAAAACAGAGGCUGAAAAACCUGUCAGAAACCAGUUCAAUUUUGGGGAGAGGUCUGCUCAAACAGUAACCCAGCUGCAGCGUGAGCGAGAUGUACAGACUGAGCCCCCGAAACGGGAAAAUAUUUCGGUCACCAUCAACCAACACGUCAUCUACGAUGCAUACAAAGCCGAGCUUGCCCGUCGAGUAGCUGAGAAAGAGAAAACCAACAAGGACAAAAAAGACGCCCCUAAGGAAUCAACUCCGGUGCAAUCUUCCUCGUUGGAAAAGUCCCUCGCUAUAAUGGAACGAAUCGUCAAUCAAAACACACAUCUCGAUAUUGCCGAUGAUUUCCGAUUUUUCGAAGACGAGUCUGACGAGUACCGCGAUGGAGAAGGAACUCUUCUUCCGCUCUGGAUUUACAACUUUGCGCAGGCGAAGAAACUCUCGGUUACUUCGACUCAAUGGAGCAAAAGGUACCACGACUUGUUUGCAGUUGGACUUGGAAGUUAUGAUUACGCAAGGCAGGGCAUCGGAUAUCUUCUCUUUUAUUCGCUCAAAAAUCCUUCCUAUCCAGGAUUUAUCUUCGAAACCGACGUCGGUGUUAUGUGCUUGGACAUCAGUAGAGAGCGUAGCCACCUCGUCGCAGUCGGCCUUUACGAUGGCUCUGUUGCUGUUUUCAAUUUAUUGAAAAAGGAGGAAAUAUACCGCUGUAAAACGGCGGAAAGACACGUGGAUCCUGUGUGGGCUAUCAAAUGGCAAAGCGAUCAGUUUUGCUCCGUCUCAUCUGAUGGAACUGUAAAGUGCUGGGAUCCAAAGAGUGGAGAAACUAAGGAGGUUAUCACCCUGUUUGAUGAUGAGCUUGCAGAAGGUGCUAAGGCUUGUGGCACUGCGAUUGCCUUCCAUUCCGAUAAAAGUCCGGUUUUCCUUGUCGGUUCUGAAGAGGGAAUAAUCUACAAGUGUUCCACCGCCUAUUCUUCUCAAUACUUAGGUCGCUGGAAAGCCCACAGCAUGGCUGUCAGCUCUAUCAAGUGGAACCCAUUCCACAAAGACAUCUUCUUGUCUUCCUCUGACGACUGGCACGUCAAAGUCUGGAGUCAAAACAGUCAAAUAGCUCUGUUUUCGUUCGAUCUUCAAAGCCCUGUUGGAGAUAUCUCGUGGUCAAUCUUCUCAUCCACCGCCUUUGGCGCUGUGACUUCGGACGGGAAAUGCUUCGUCUAUGAUCUCAAUAUCAAUAAAUAUCAGCCUCUUUGUGAACAAGUAGUCGUACAAAAGAAGAAAACAAAGAUAACCAGACUUGAGUUCAACCCCGAAUUCCCAGUUUGUCUGAUUGGUGACUCCCGAGGAAACUCAACAAUCUUGAAAAUGUCGCCGAACUUACGAAAGCGGCCAAAAAAGUCAAAGAAGGACCCAACGCCCCUGCCCGUUGUGCCCGAGCAAGAAAUGGAGAAGAUGGAGAAGAUCGUUGCGGUCGUUUUCGACAACUCUGUCGAGUCUUUGUAA